AAUUAGUACUUCCUCCACUCAAUCACAUACGCUACCUUAUCCGGAUCAGAUCGAGAAAAAUCGAGCGAAAAAAAAAAAAAUCUCCCGAUCACCCCGCGCACCCCAGUGGCUCACCGCCGGCCGGCGACCGCCCGGCACCCCGCGCGCCCGCCCGUCGCCCGUCGCGCGCGCCCGCCCGCCGUUGCGGCAUCGCCCAUCUCCGCAUCACCCAGGCCAUCUCCGCAUCGGCGCAUCGCGCCGUAGCGCCGCCGGCCGGUGACCUAGCUCGUGGGGGAGACUCGCCGCCGGCGAGAGCGCCCCGCCCUCCUGCUACCCGUCACGGUGCCGCCGUCGACGGUCGACCGUCCCCCGUUGCGCCGCCUCGCCGCCUCCACCCUCCCGCCCACGGCCUCACGCGCCACAAGCCCGCGACGCCGCCGCCCGGAGCUACAGCCUCCACCUCCACGUGUGAACUGAGCAGUACAAAAGUUACAUAAGAUGAUGAUGCUUGGAGUUGGAGGCGUCGCAGGAGCAGGAGCAGGCCUCCCCUUGGUCCUCCGCCGCUGCAACCGGUCCCGUACCCCUCCCCCGCCGAUGGUGAUGACCCCACUCCACCGCAGCUGCUUCUUCUUCCGACCACAACCCUCUAGUCUCUCCCACUACCCAUCCCCAUCCCCAUGCGCCGCCGACGACUUGUUCACCGUCGACUACGACCCAGAGGAGGAAGAAGAAGAAGAAGACGAGGAGGGUUCUCCGUGGGAGGGCGCGGUGGUGUACCGGCGGGACGCCUCGGUUCACCACCUCGAGUACGCCACCACCCUGGAGCGCCUCGGCCUUGGCGACCUCUCCUCCCCUCACUCUCGGGCACGUGCUGCCACCAUGGGAAUCCUCAUCCUCUCCUCCCCCAACCUUACCGGUACCAAGGACGAAACGCCAGUGCUCGUCUCUCUCGACGUUGCCAGGCGCCGGGGCCGCCUGCGCCUUGACGGCAUCGUCCGCACUGUCAUCACCCUCGGUUGCUAUGGUUGUGCUGAGCCAGCGCCUCAAGGUAUAUUUGCGAAUUUUUCCCUGUUACUGACCGAAGGCAGAGUAGAGGAACCUGAUGUGGUUGAUCUCGGCACGAUAUUUGAAGAAGAACAAACCAAAGCUCCUGUGCUAACUGGAAGCCAAGAAGAUGGAGACGACGAAGAUAUAGAUUGGGAUGACCGGUUGCAUUUCCCAGCUGGAGAAAAGGAGGUUGAUAUCUCGAAGCACAUCAGGGACAUCAUUCACUUAGAGAUCACGCUCGAUGCCCUGUGCAGUCCCACCUGCAAAGGUCUCUGCGUUGGCUGCGGCGAAAAUCUCAACACCAGCAGCUGCAGCUGCAACACAGAGAAACAGCAGGCUAAGGCUAAGAAUGUUCAGCGGCGAGGGCCUCUCAAAAGACCUGUUGAAACCACUGCAAAGGUGAUGUAAACACCGCACGGCAGAUUUUAGACAGUGAUAUGUAUGUAAUACGUUGUAGCAGUAUUCGAAGAUAAUAUGUUUAGAUGAUAAAUUUCAUUUUUUGAGCUCAUAUCCUACUGUAAGACGGAAAAAUUGAUGCCAUGACGUGUCUGUUUGCGUGUGUUCGAGGUACCUGAAUUCUGACAUGCUAUCGGAGGCAUCGAUUUGUAGGGUGACAGUUUUCUUGUGCAUAUAUGCAGAUGAACCGUCUGCUGUGUUCGACCCAACAAA